CCUCUUUGAACUAGCGGCGUUAGAGAGGAACCCGCUCCCUGCUUCCUCGCAACCCAGGAGUCGCUCGCCCGAGUCUUAAGGAAGGAGAAAGGGAGACGGGACACUACUCUUCCGACGCUACUCCGACGGUCCCCCCAGCAUUGUUGGAUUUGCUGGCCUGAAGGAGCCUCCUUUUUUUUUGCAAAGCCCAGCAUGGAUUCUCCUCUAGUUCUGGACCCAGGGUCCCUGUCUUCCACCACUCAGACUGAUCUUCCAGUCCCACUGAAGAAGUUUUUUCAGGGUGAACCUCUGGCUCUGGGGAUCACACAGAUAUUCAUAGGAAUUGUAGGGAUUAUUUUUGGGAUCCUGUUAGAUGUAACCGAAGAUUAUUUCGUGAUAUAUAGUGCGAUAAAGAUGCCUUAUUGGAGUGGAAUCUUGUACAUCAUCUCUGGAUCCUUAGCUGUGGCAGCUGCUCGGAAUCCCAAGAUCCCUCUGGUGCAAGGCGCGCUGGCAAUGAAUGUGAUAAGUGCCAUAACUGCUGCUCUUGGCAUCAUGUUCCUGGUUAUCUCAAUCACAAGUUUCAUAUAUAAUUUCAUGUUUUUUUGCCAUACAGCUACAGAGCAAACUAAGGAAAUGUGUUUUGAAAAUUUCCAUAUCAUUCAAGGACUUUUGGCUGUCCUUACUGUGUUCACCAUCCUGGAGUUUUGCAUCGCCAUCUCUCUUGCGUCUUUUGGCUGUAAGAUGCUUUGCCGAAAUGCCUUCACUGAAACGGUUGUGGUCAUUUAUCAGAAUGCGACUCCUGCUAAUGCUGAGCAUCCACCCAUCGACUGCAAAGAGCCAGAAUCCCUCUGAGUUGCUUUCCCUUCAUAGCAGCUCUUCCGGACUGUAUUGGCACCUGCAAUAUUGAAGCCUGAAGCUUUUUAAGGAAUUGCAUGGAACUUUUUAUUCAGGGGAACAUAAAAAUCUUUAACGGGAUAAGCAAGGCACCAUGUUAAAUGGAAAUAUGAAUGUUCUUUGUUGCUGGUUAAAAUAUUUCUGUAUAUGAUGGUUGGCACCUGUACCAAGUUUUGUUUUGCUGUUAGAAAAUCACACAGUUGGUGGGUUUAUGG